GUGAAGCCCUGACCAGCAGCACACGCAUUCAUAAACAUAAUUCAUCUUCAAACAUAAGUCAUUUGUUUUUGCCUGUUUAUACAACAGAGCCAAAUGAGCAUGAAUAACAGGAAGAGGAGGAAUAACAGUAACCCAAUGAGGCAGGGCUCAGAGGAAGUUGCAGUGCUACAUAUUGGCCACCAGUGGUCGCUGUUCUUCAUAUUUGUUUUUACACUAUCCCGAUAAGCUCCUUUCUCAUUGUCAUUACACGGAGGAGGAAAAUGGCAACUCCAGUGCGCGUUUGCAGUCCGCGAUUCAGAUCGAUGUUGUAGGCGCGACCAUGAGCUAAACAUGGGAUAUGUUUUAUUCAGCUGUGGUGACAUAGAGCGAUAUGCUGUAGAUCUUUCGAGACAUCUGCAUUGCUUCUGAUCAGAGGACCGGCUUUGCAUCGCUGGAUGAGCAUUGAACAUUCAAGCUGACCAUUGUUUUAUGGAAUAGUACACGUGUUGUAUUAAUACUCAGUAAAAUACAUAUUUAUGCGCUGAUAUCUUUACAUAGAGCAGCUCGCCUCUGUGGCUUUGCUAAGUUUUUUUCCCCUUCACCUUUUUAAUUAUUUAUUACAUCCAUAUUCGUGGGGAUAUCAUCAGAAAAUGAGGUUGAAACACUGAUUUGGCGAGUACAUGAGACAUGAUACAUUUCAUGAACAGAGUAUAUGUCAAGCCCGAGCCUCUGUGAUGAUCUAUGAUGACACCAGCAAAAAAUGGGUGCCAGUCAAACCGGGCCAGCAAGGCUUCAGCCGCAUCAACAUCUACCACAAUACUGUCAACAAUAGCUUCCGUGUGGUGGGAGUCAAACUGCAGGACCAGCAGGUCGUUAUAAAUUACUCCAUUGUGAAAGGUCUGAAAUAUAACCAGGCCACGCCAACUUUUCACCAAUGGCGUGAUGCGCGACAAGUUUACGGGCUGAAUUUUGCCAGCAAAGAGGAGGCCACCACCUUCUCCACUGCCAUGCUCUUUGCGCUCAAUGUCCUGAGCUCUCAGGAUGCAGGUCCAGCAGCACAUCGUCAGAAUGGACCGGUGACAGAUGACGCCGAGGCUCAAAGGAGACAAAUGAUGGACCAGCAUCAGAUGCAGAUGGAAAGGGAACGACGAACCUCUGGCUCUGCAGUCUCCACCCUUCAGUUUAAAGUGUCAGCAUCUGCCUCUCAGUCCGAAACCGCUCUGCAUGACCUCAGACAGUAUCGGGCUAACACUCUCCCCCCUUCCUAUGCUCACCUUAACCCCACGCCACCUUCCUCCCACACCUCCUCUUCCUCCCAGGAACGGGAGAGCGGCUACCGUACGGUGGACUCCCCUCAAAAAAAGGCCCAGCAGCUUUCCCAGCUUUCCACCUCUCUGGCUUCUGCUUUCUCCCCCGUACAGCCAGGUGUCGCCCCUCCACCUCGCAAUGUCAAGCAAAUCCCUCUUUCUCCUCCAACAGCCCAACUGGACCCCAAACACGCCACUUGGUCCUCGGCCCACAUGUAUGCCCCAUUACCCGCUACAUCGGCCCCCGUUGUAAUGGCAGUGCCAGUCAAACAACCUGCCCUGCCUGUCGCCCUCCCCCUGCCACCCCUAAACAACGGCCCAACCUGUGGCCCCAAAGCUCCCGCUAACUCUUCCCACUUGGUGCCUGUAACACACCACCAGCAGUCAUCCAAUGGCCAGGCAGAGGAGUACUACCCAUACCAAAACCCUCCUACGCAGGUCACCUCCGGAGCAGUACUGCACCCACAGUAUCCCAUGCAAGAAUCGUCCUGCCCCCUACCCCCAAUCAUUGGCCAGCCCAUCCAAGGCCCCGCCCUCCACCCACAGCAGCUAUACCAGGCCACACCCCCUUUCGACACCACACCCACCUCUCACACCACGCCCAAGACGUCUCCUUCGCCUGUUUAUCAGAACGCCACAGCUUCCAGCAGUCCUCCCAUCCCACCGGGUCAUCCCUCCAUGCUCUCAUCCACCCCUCCCAUUCACCCCCCUACCUCAGCAUCCAUGGCGGGUCCACCAGCCCCUCCGCCCCCUCCUGGGCCACCACCACCAGGGCCUCCACCGCCCGCCACAGGGCCCCCUCCUGCCCCACCUCCACUGCCGGCUGGUGGAGGUCCUGCUCCGGCAGGCCUGGCUGCAGCUCUGGCUGGUGCCAAGCUGCGUAAAGUUCAGCGGCCAGAGGAAAGCAGUAGCAAAAACGAUGCCAAUCGCUCUAGUGGUGGCAGUGGAGGAGGUGGAGAGGGUCUCAUGCAGGAAAUGAAUGCCCUUUUAGCAAGGAGGAGGAAGGCUUCAGAGAAACCAGAAGACAGUCAAAAUGAGGAUUCUAAUGGAUCCCCUUCCUCCCGUGGACAAAAUUCAGAUCCUGUGAAGAAGCCAUGGGAACGAGCAAACUCUGCAGACAAGUCUUCAGCUGUGUCAAGGGCAAAACCAAUCGGAAGCACCAGUGAUGCAGAAUCAUUUGACUUUGACAGAAUGAAACAGGAGAUCUUGGAGGAGGUUGUGCGAGAAUUGCAGAAAGUAAAAGAAGAAAUCAUUGAUGCCAUUAGAAGGGAACUGCUGAGAAUUGGCUCCACAUAGUCUUAUGAAAUUUUAAUGACGACGACUGAUAAUGACUGAAGGUUCGGGGAAGUACAGGAACGCGCACUUGAAAACCUUCUCGCAGCAUGUCUGCAAUGGUACGGAAAAUUCAGUUGCAGAAAUGUUGUGCAGAAACAAGGAAUUACUGAGAAGGACAAGGGAAAGCUGAGAAACAGAAGGAAUUGGAGUGAUGGAUUUAGUGAGUGAGUGAGUGUGUGUAUGGAUGAGCAGAUGGAAAUAUAGACCUUCACACUGAAUUUUCUAUUUCCUCCAGUAUGAACGUUGAGACAGUCCACUGUGCAGCUUACUGCGCUCGCUCUUUCAAGUCUUAAAGUCAACAAGUUGGAAAUUAAUGAAGAUAUUUUUGUUUUCUAAGUUUAUAUUGUUUCAUCGGUCAUUGUUAUUAUUGUUAAGAAUUGUAUUAUAUUAAAUGAGAGAGAGACAAAGUUGCACGACAGUUAUUGUCAGCCUUUUAUAUUUUAUAUUACUGCUCUUAAUCAUUGGGUUUAAUAAGUACAAACUCUGCACAUUUGUGCUAGUGAACUGUCAGCAAACUACUAUAGUUAAAAGAGUUUGAGACA